AUGGACGAAACCGAAGAACUACACCAAGAAAUUAAGGCACUCGAAGAACAAACCACCCUGAUACAAGAGCUGUACCGAGAAAAAGAAGGGGAAAAAGACGAAGAAAAAGUAGCCAACUAUGCCGAAUACGUCAAAAUCCUCCAGGUCGAUCUCAAGCAAGCCCGCCACCAAAUUGAGUACUACAAAGUCCUCGGCGAGAACUCGCAGCGGCGCGCAAAUCGCUAUCAGGAGUCACUAACGCAAGCUACCAAAGGCCAGGUAGCAGCCAGCCAUCUAGAAGCGCAGAAAGAGCAGCUCCAACGCCAACUCGCGCAGCACAAAUUCAUCUUUCACAAACUACGGUCGGAAAAUGAGCGUGCGGCUGAAAACUUUGCACGCUUGCGUGAUCGCGACAAGAAGGCUUUGGCGGCGUGUGAAGUUCGGUUGGCAGACCUAGUCUCGCAUGCAUGCGAGAACGAGAAUGUGGCAGCUAGGUCCCUGGUUAACGAUCGAGGGGCGCUGCUAAACAAGAUGGAAGUCUUGUAUAGCGUAGUUGUAAGUGAAGUUGCGCCGCUGAAAUGGGUUUUCAGGAGGGUACUUCAAAUGCUGCAGCUUUAUCAGGGCUUGUUUCAGACGCUGUCGGAUCCACAUGGGACUGCGAUUGGGAGUCUGCCGCCGGAUCUGAAUGCGCUGAUGACGGGGGCGUGCGACGACUUGCAUGCGUAUCAGGAGAUUCAUAGGAUGUUUUCUGGUGAUGGAGGUGCGGUGAAAGAUCAGAUUCGCAAGGAGCUUGGUGGUAUGUUUGAGAGUGCAGGUGGUAUGCUUACGAGUUUGCACUACAUCAAGAGGGAUGUCGAGGCUUUCUUGGCGCGUCUGCGUGCGGAGCCGGGAGCCUGGUUCACUAUGAAGAUAAAGUUCGGAAGCAUCUGGCGGUAG